AUGUUAUUCUUUAAGAAGAAAAGUCAGAUUCGUCCAGAGUCUAAGACUGCUGACUCCAUCAACAGCUCCACGGGUUCAAUGACGGCGUCUCAGCUCAACUCGCUUAUCAUGAACAUGUUAUCUUUGCCUCAGGCAAAAAACUCAUGCGACUCCUUGUGUAGAGACAACCCUAUCACCAAUACCGGAAAACGGAAGCAGUUGAUAAAGAUGCUGAUGAUCGUUCUCCUUCCGAUGGGGAUUCUCAUGGGAAUGAUAAGCAAUGUUUUCGUCUCGGUCGUCAAGAAUUAUGUCGAAGCUUCUUCGAUCCGGACGUCACUUUUCUUCUCUGUGGAGCUUGGUCAAAUGAUGCGUUACCUCCAGCGAGAACGCGACAUGAGCGCUCUGUAUGUUAGCGCCAUUGGUAAAGACACCAAAGGUUUGUUACUAAAACGAUACCCAGAUACUGAUGCUGCAGUAGACAACAUGUCAUACUGGCCUGUGAGACUGAACAAUCAAAAACAAGAAUUCGAAUCCAAGGAAAAGUUUCUACUUUAUCUCAAUAGACAUCGUUACCAGCUGGAUCAACAUAACCGAACGUCGAAGCAAGAAAUCGAGUUCUAUACAAGCUUGAUAGAAAGAUUCAUGUCGUGGCUGUAUGAGACUGUAUCAGAAUCUCGUACUGGCGCGGUAUGGAAAACCCUAGUGGCCUAUCAGGAGAUCAUUGUUGCCAGUGAAUACAUCGGACGUGAAAGAGGACUGGGAGUCACCUAUUUCGCCAGAGGUGGAUUUGAAAGUAAACAAGACUAUUUAUAUUUUCUAGAAGCUCAGAUAAAUUCAAAUAUUACCUUUCAAUCCUGUAAACGCUACUCAGAAAUGGCAUAUGAGAUAUAUGAGGAUCAGCUACGGAAGAAGGCUUCAUUACUACGCCAAAUCACCAAUAUGAGGCUUAUGAUUAGGUCUAACAAGAGCAGCCGACUGAACGCAUCUCUUGACAACGCUAAUUACUGGUUCGAAAACAUGACUUACUACCAAGAGACGGUCAGAGAAACUCAAAAAAAGCUGGCAGAGAAAAUUGACGACCAAUUGUCUAUUCGAGAAAAAGAGGACCUGCAGGUCAUCAUUUCCAUCAGUUGCAUAUUUGGUGUCGUCUUAAUGGUAUGCCCCUUGGUAAUUCUAGGCGUGUAUAGACUGACUGUGCAGAUUCAAAACUACUCACAAACGAUUGCAAACAGAACAAAGGAUUUGAAUAAAGAAAAGAAAAGAAUUGACACAUUGCUCUACCAGAUGCUACCAAAGUCUGUGGCAGAACGUCUGAAGAGUAACGAGAUAGUGGAAGCUGAACACUUUUCUGAAUCAACAGUAUUCUUCAGUGAUAUCGUAGGAUUUACCAAAAUAGCUGCCUCCAGCUCUCCAUAUCAGGUUGUGGAUAUGUUGAACAGUCUCUACACAUGUUUCGAUAAGAAGAUCGAGAUGUAUGACGUGUACAAAGUGGAAACAAUAGGCGAUGCCUAUAUGGUUGUGUCAGGUGUGCCUCGCAAAAACGGAAAUCGUCAUGCAGCAGAGAUUGGAAUAAUGGCGCUUAAUUUGUUGCGCACUGUGAAGGACUUGGAAAUACCUCACCUUCCUGGCAUGACAUUUCGUCUGAGGAUAGGUUGUCAUACGGGCCCUGUUGUUGCUGGCGUGGUGGGUACAAAAAUGCCAAGGUAUUGUUUAUUUGGAGAAACCGUCAUCACAGCGUCUAAGAUGGAGUCGUUGGGAAAGGCUAAUAGAGUCCACAUCAGUCAAACAACACGUGAUGUACUGGUUUCUAUUGGCGGAUUUACAAUGGAAGAACGAAUGGACAAUGUUCAGAUAGACCCUGAGUUGAGCAACGCAUUUGGAGGGUCCGUUUGUACCUACUGGCUCUUGGGCUCGCAAGAUAUCCCAUCCGACACGAUAUCGACUGCCUCGUUUGACCAAGGCCUGGAAUACUGAAAUAUGAUGAAGAACGCAGGGGAUUUUAUUUGUCAAAUGCACAUUUGUGAUGUGUUUCAGUUUAAUCCAUGAAUACAUCAAAUACAGGUUGAAAUAUUGUAUAAGUUACAUGUAUACUGUACUUUCUACGAGGCAUUUAACAUCUUGUACAUGUAAAUCACUAUACAAAGUGUGUCUGAUUUUGUUAUCUACACAAGGUUUUAUCCAUGUAUUUCAAUUAUUGUCCCAACACGCCCAUAAAUUCUUUCUGAAAAUGGAAACAUAAAGAAUAGUUCUUAGUGUUUCCAUGUAUUGCAGUAAAUGUAAACCUUUCCCAGUAAAGAAAUGUAAGUACGGAUUCAAAUGACUAAAAGUUGGAAAAUGAAAUAUUAAUAAAAAAAUCUGUACAUUUAUGAUCAAGUUAGCUCGUGUGUUGACUCACUAUCUGUGUAUAUGUUGUUACAUGAUAUAGCUUUUUUCCAUUUAUUUCUCACGUUUACAAGUGACAGAUGUAUUUUCAUAGUUAGUGGAUGUAAUUUUGUCCUUGUAUGCAGAAUGUUGUCAGUAGUGGUUUGGAAUGUGAAUUGCUUGUAAUGACUCUUGGUUCACUUUAGUAAGAACCGCGACACGUCCGUUGGGGUUGAAAAGACAAAGCAUCGCCACCUUAUACGACACACGAUAAAAGUAAUAAUAAUAAUAAUAAAAGUACACUUAUAUAGCGCCUUAUCUAAAAAUACUCUAAAGCGCUGUACAAAAUACUAAAAUUUACAAUUGAUAUUUAAAAGAAAAACCGUAGAAUACACAACGAAUAAUCCUUACACAUAUAAGCAUAUAACCACUAAAAGUAUCGGUAUUGCCGAAUUUGUCAGUGGAGAAUCGCUGAAAGAAUACAUUAUAAUGAAAAGUACAUUGUACUCCAUAAUGAGAAUUUACUCAGUUACAAUUUGUGUGUAUAUAUUGAUGGCAAUUAUUUUGUACCUUUUCAACAUGCAUGCAUUUGUAUUGUAUUCGUUACUGAAAUUUUUUAAGGGAUGGCUAUCGCUCGCAAUUUUAUAAUGCUAGGUUCCCACUAUCACAUUCGAGGGUCUUAAUCGUGGAAUACUAGUAUCCGUGGUGAUGGUAUCAAAUCUUACCAAAUCUUGGCGUCAGCCUCGUUGAUUAUAGAAAAUUAUUUGGCUGUCAAACAUUUUCUACGAUCAACACGAUUAAUUUUCAGUCGUUAUAAUCGCAUCAGAUCGGAUUGCAUCGCAACAAAGCUCAACAUAUCUCAUCUAAUCGUGCUCCCAAAUCGUGAUCAUCCCGGUCAAUCUUACGAGGUAAACACGCUUUGUUGCAAUGUCCUACCAUCUGUCACGAUUGCUGGUGGGUUGCAUUGUUCACUUUCUAGAUUUUAAAGAAAUGAAGUCAAUGGUCAG